CGUUCGCUUAUUCCCGAACCAAAAGCCGAACGAAGCAGUUGUGCGUCCGCCGGAUGCUGUGCGCUCCCCAUACCUGCUCCAGUGUUUGUGUGUGCGUGUGUGAGAUAAGUUUUGCUUUCAAUACACAAACACCCACAGAAAAGUUCGGCUUCGGCGAGUGAAAGGUGAAAUAACAGCCAGUGUAGUCAGCAGUAAGUGUAGUGUCGUGUGUGUGUGUCUACAGUGCGCGUGUGUAUGCCUAUCAGCAAACUCCCGCGAUUUGAUAACGCGCGCGCAUUCAUCCACACACCGUCAUCAUAAUCAAGCGUCUGCGCCGAAACAAAAAAAGAGCAAAAAGAUUACCGUACUACCACUACUACCUUAAAAACGUAAACAAACGCUACGUCGCUCAUCACAGCAACAAACAGUAGCAGCAGCAGCAGCAAAAACAACAACAAUGGCGUACGAGAUGAUGCUGUACCCGAAGGAAAAGACACCGCAAACAGUGCCGGCGGCCGGUAACUAUACGUCGGACGUGUACGCCUCGUACGCGGAACUGUUCGACCUGUCCGUCAACCUGUCGAACGACGGCGAAGUGCCGCUAAGCCCCCAGUCCCAGCUGCACCAGCAGCAGCAGCAGCAGUCGUACGGCGGCCAGCCCGCCCAGAGCCCGGAGUACAUACCGGCCACGAUCUUUCACGACGUGCCGAUGCAGCCGAUGAAACAGGAGCACCCGUCGACGGCCUGGUCGGACAGUUGGAGCAGCAGCAGCAGCAGCAGCGGCUACAGCAGCUGCGGCAGCAUUAUCAGCAGCAAUCCCGCAUCGCCGGAAUCGACCGCCUCGUCCUACGGGCUGCUGGACCAUCCGCACCAGCAAACGGGCCAUCAGCACCGUACCGUGUCGCCGUACCACCAUCACCAGCAGCACCAGGCGGGCAGUCUGCUGGAUCAACCGAUCAUCAAGACGGAGUACGAUUCCGGUGCGGAAACCAGCAUCGAUCUGGAGUCGCUGCUCGGUGACUCAUCGCCGUACCACCAUCAGUCACAGUCGCCCUCGCCGGGCUUCGUAAAGGUGGAACCGAACUAUUCGGGCCCGCUGGAGCAGCCACCAUCUGGCACCGCCAGCAAACCGCAGACCGGUGGAUUCCAGAUACUGCGGGAGCAUCUACAGGACACCAGCUUCCAGCGCCGGCACAAUCUGAAACCGUUAGAGCUGGAUUCGCUGAUCGGAGGGCUGACGACCCAUGCCGACAUUGGGCCGGUGUUCGAGUUCGCCCUGCAGGAGAUGAAGAACGGUAUGCAGGCGACCUGUACCGAGCUGGGCAUCUCUUCCGAUCCCAAGCAGUGGACAACGGCCAAGGUCCAUCAGUGGUUGGAGCUGGCGAUGGGCAAGUACUUCCUGCCCCGGUUAGACAACCUUGCCGCCCUGUUCCCGGAAAAUGGUGCCCAACUGGCAGCGCUACCGUUGGAGGAGUUUGUCCGUCGUAUACCACAGGGUGGUGAUAAGCUGCACGGCUACCUUGAUCUGUGGAAACAGAUCAAUCGGCUAAUGGUCGGUGAUAAUGCUACGGUCGAUAGUAUGGUUACCGACAGUCUCACUUCUACCGGUGGCGUCAUCUCGUCGAUGGGAUGCGCUCCAGUGUCUGGCGAUGGCAAUGGAUCUAGCUUUGCUACUGGAUUACCUACGGACAGUAGGCUGGGUGGUGUGAUGAUGGCCGGCGUUGGAACUGGCAGUGGUAGCAGCUGUGCUACGCCCGGCCCAAGCAGCAGUCCACCGAUGGUGGAGAACUUCGACAGUGACUCAAUGAAUGGAGAUAUCAGUGACGAUGACGACGAAGACAUGCCGCUGGAAAGCCCUGGCAGCUCAUCUUCAGCCGGUGGUCCAUCGGCAAGCGCCACCAGCGCCACCACCGGAGCUUCCGGAGCACCUGCCCCGGCCAAGGCCCGGCACGGUGGGUCCCACAUACAUCUGUGGCAGUUUCUGAAGGAGCUGCUCGCCUGCCCGGAACAGCACCAGAACGCGAUCCGCUGGAUCGACCGGUCCAAGGGUGUGUUCAAGAUCGAGGAUUCGGUGCGCGUCGCCCGACUGUGGGGCCGGCGCAAGAACCGUCCCGCCAUGAACUACGACAAGCUGUCGCGCUCGAUACGGCAGUACUACAAGAAGGGUAUCAUGCAGAAGACGGAACGCUCGCAACGGUUGGUGUACCAGUUCUGCAGCCCGUACGCGCUGUAGAGAACGGCAACCAGCCCAACCACCUUGCUUGCGAGCGACCCCGGCCUGUAGCGCUGUAGUUUCCCCGUUUUAUUUUACUUCCGCGGCUAGAGUGUAGGACAAUAUUUAUUAUGCGUAAUUUAUUUGAAAAGAACAACAAAACAGACAGCACCAUCCAACGUUCAGAAACGUUACAGAGGAGCACAUAUCUCGCGUAAGCUCGGCAGGAUACCUUAGCAGCUUAAGCACACUUUAACGCACAGUUUGUUGCCGAUCUAACCACAGACAGUCGGUUAGGCAUCAUUCUUUUGCACUUGCAGUCAGCUAAGACGUAAUCACUCUUUUGUAUUAUCACUCACAGGCACAACCACUCUUCUCGUCACUGCGGAGGGGGAAUUAGGUAGUGAGCGUUGUAGAUCUAGCCGGAUUUCGGAACGACUCUACCUUCUUCUUCUUGGGUAGUAUUAACCCGGGCAGAAUAAUGUUGACAGACCGAUCGGUAUAUAUGACAGAUGACGGCGCUUACACAACCCUUAAGAGAGCGAGAUAGAGCUUACAAGCUUUAGGAUAAUAUUCUUAAAAAAUGAUGUGAUUACUUACCGUCCUUGAUAUUGGUCCUGGUGGAGCUCUUCUUGAAUGUAGGAGAUCCUCCCGGUACCAGCAAAAAUCUCCAACACAUACACACCACUCACUUCUGUUCUCCUCCGUUCGGUGUUAUCCUGAUGCUGGAUCCGAUCUGUGGAUGGAGAAAUCAGAGAGAAAAAAAACACAGACACCCGCACGUCGGACAUGGCGUCUCGCAGGUGGAGAAGCGUCCUCUAUAUCACUGUUUUCGAAAGCAUGCGAGAGAGUAACUGCAUUCUCCGGCUUCUCGAGCAGCAAUCCCCAUGUAGGGACGCAACGAGUCGUAGUCUCGACUUUAAUAUUCGUCGUUUACUUUUUAACGUAUUUGCUUACCGAUUCUGCUGUGUGCUGGUUUCCGGGCGCACCGGGUAUUACGGGCGCCUGGCCACAAAAGGCAGAUUCGGUAAUUUCGGUCCCAUAUAUCUAUGAUAUAUUUUUACUGUAAGUUCUAUGAACAUUACAACGUUUUAAGGUUUAGCGAAGAAGAAGAAGAAAAAAACAAACGAUCGUAACAAAAUAAUAAAAAAAACAACUAGGUAUGUAAGUGAAUCCGUACGGUUAGGUUAAGGAACUCUCUCCGACACACAGCUGCAUUUUGCUGUUGUGAUUUUUUUUUAGAAAUUAAAUGUAUCUGUUCUGUUUUCACUUUCACACUCUACAAACACUUACUUUUUUCUCUUUUCUUCGCUGUGCACAACACUUUCAUACACUUUUAUCUCACUUUUAACGAGUUGAAAUCCUUCAUCUCUUCUCAAUAAGUAUAAAAACAAUUAGUCACGUAAGCAAACAAUUACCGGAACCGGUUUCGUAAGUCGAAACCUCACCGGUGGUACUAGGCUAUCGUUGCAAUAUUUGAAGUAGAGUGUUAGUGUUUUGAAGCAAAAGUGGGAAAUGUUUCCCCAUUGAUAUUAUAGAAGUAGAAGUAGAAGCAGAAAUAGAAGUAGAAGUAGAAGUAGAAGUAGAAGUUGGUAAAAUCAAUAGGGAGAAUGAAUUGCGAGGAAGGUUUCGUGGCGGCUCUGGACACACAACCGAUCAACAGUCGUCGAUGAGAGACAUUUGAGCUCACUUUCUCAUCGUAGACUUUUCGCCGGUUACAUGUGAUGGGUCAGAAAGGGAAGGGAGUGAUCGAGAGAAAGGAAGAAGAGUUUAAUGACUUGUUUUUUUUAAAUUAAACUAAGAAUACAACAAAAGAAUCUUCACUCAACAGUGUGGUCAUUCAUAAUAGGUCAACAGAGUUGUUGUUAAAAUUUAGGAACUAUCUUUAAGAUUAAUAGCCACAAGUCUCCCCUUUACACCACCGCAGUGUAAUGGAAGGGCUAUAAGCUUUUCAUUGCAACAAUUUGUCAACAUUCGUCCAUUGUUAAGCAGAUUAUUCAUUAAAGCGUUAGUUAGCGCUGUUGUCUCACACAUAUUUCUCUACCAUCUUGGUGCAUGGGUAGCUCCACGCGAGAGGAGCAUAAUUUGUUUGUAGUAGCUUAUAAUAACAAAA